ACUAACAAUAUUUUACUAUUUUGACAACUUAAACACUUCAACCUUAUAAUACUUGUUCACUUACUUAUUCCAUAUCCAUGUGUAGAAUCAUAAUUGGAACACAACUUUUGUCUGCCUCUAAAAAUCUUCUCCUACUUUUUAUCCAUUUAAGGUGUUUGUCAAACUAUCAACAACUCAAAAAUUCCUUAAACAUACCAACAAAGGGUUAAGGAAUUAUUAUCUUCAAUGGAACCAUGCAUCUUCUCUUGUCAAGAAUUUCCUCCAAGUCCAAACACACCAUUACAAAAUCAACAUGAAAAGAAGAAACAACAAUCUAUUGAUCAUGAAGAAGAAGAUAUCACAAUCUCAAAGGUAGAUGUUUCAUUAUUUGAUUUAAAUGUAUCUACCAAUCAUGAUUUUGUUCUUGAUUGUAAUAAUAAUAAUAAUAAUCAAGAACAAGGAAGUCCAGAACUUAAUCUCAUAACUUCUUUAGAUGUUGCUAAUGAUUCAUCAUUAGAAAACAAUAAUAUUAACAACCUUGUUGAGGUAGAACAAAGAGUUUUUUCUUGUAACUAUUGUCAUAGAAAAUUCUAUAGCUCACAAGCAUUAGGUGGACAUCAAAAUGCUCACAAAAGAGAGAGAUCCAUAGCAAAAAGAGGACAAAGAUUUGGAACACAGAUUAUAGCUUCUGCUUCUGCUUUUGGAUUUCCAGUUAUGCAUAAUAAACAAAGCUAUGCAAACAUGGCUUCUUUGCCACUUUAUGGUGCUCUUGGAAUUCAAGCACACUCCAUGAUUCAAAAGCCUUCUCAUGUUUCAUCUAAUGGAUUUGGAAGCUCUUAUGGACAUCAUCAUCAUCAUCAUGGUUGGUCAACAUCACCAUCAGCAUUAUCAUCAUCAAGAGGAAGUGUUGGUAGAUUUGAAGUGGUGGAUACUAUGAAGAAUUCUGCAGCUAAUAAAGAAAUUAGUGGAUAUUUUGUGAGUGGUGGAACAAGUUUGAAGACUCAUAUGAAUCAAGAAGAAAUGAAGCAGAAACAUCUUGAUUUAUCUCUCAAGCUAUGAACAUGGAUUUGAAUCUAGAUUAGUGUAGUUGAGAUUUUUGUGUGAAAUAUAGCAUUUGUGUAAAUUAGUAUCAUAGUUAUUUUCUUGUUAUUGACUUUAAAGUGAUUUAUUGAGUUGUAACUUUUAUGA